GCAAGUGAGGGGAGAGUGGAGGAGUGUGAAAGCGGGGAGAGGCCGUGAAAAGCCGCCGUAUCCCAAAACAUUACCAAUGGUUUCUUGGGUGUGGUAUGCCAUGGUCAAUUUAACGAUUUCACCUGUCGCCCCGCUUGACAUAUCGCAGGAUUUACCUUGAAGAUGUGGCCAGAAACAUUGUCGCGCCCAGACAGCUAACCUGACCAGACGUCAACCACAACAGAGCCGUGUGCACGAGCUGAGGCACCAUGAGCGUGAAGGCGUUCGAGCUGGUGCCGGUGGUGGAGCGCGAGCUACUGACGGGCGGCGGCGGAGGCGUCAACGUCACGGUGGAGUGCCUGGAGUGCUGCGGCAAGCACCUAUACGCCGGCACCAGCGACGGCCUCAUCCACCACUUCCUGCUGGAGGAGACGGCCGACGCCCGCGGCCGCCCCGCCUACCUGGCGCAGAAGAUGCAGCAGCGGCACUUGGGCACCAAGCGGGGCUCGGUGGCCGAACUCCGGGCCGCCUCGGCACUGGAGCGCCUCAUCGUGCUGUCCACCGGCGACGCGUCCGUCUACCUCCACGACAUGAUGUCGCUCGAGCCUGUGCCGGCGCCGCCAUCGGGGACGAGCGGGGGCGGCGGCGCCGCCAAGAUCAAGGGCGUGCUGUCGUUCUGCGUGAACGAGAACCCGGUGGGCGCCGACCCGUUCUGCGUGGAGCUGGGCGUGAUCUGCGCGCGGCGGCGGGCCGUGCAGAUCUACACGCUGCAGGAGGACCGCGUGCAGCUGGUGAGGGAGCUGGCCACGCCGCAGCAGCCGUGCGUCAUCUGCCUGGACGGCUACUUCCUGUGCCUGGCGCUGGCCUCGCAGUACGUCAUCCUCAACUACAGCACGGGCGCCUCGCAGGACUUGUUUCCGUUCGACAGCGAGGAGCGGAAGCCCAUCGUGAAGAGGAUCGGCCGGGAGGAGUUCCUGCUGGCGGCUCCCGGGGGACUAGGUAUGUUUGCCAACGCGGAGGGGAUCUCCCAGCGUGCACCUGUGAACUGGUCGGAGCAUGUGAUUGGCGCGGCCGUGUGUUUCCCAUACGUGGUGGCACUGGACGAGGGCUUUGUGACCGUGCACAGCAUGUUGGACCAGCAGCUCAAGCAGACGCUCUCCUUCAGAGACGGCCACAUACUGCAGGACUUCGAAGGCAAGCUAGUGUUGGCAUCAACAAAGGCAGUGUACAUGUUGGUGCCACUUCCGCUGGAGAGACAGAUCCAGGACCUACUGGCUGGAAACAGAGUAGAGGAGGCUCUUACACUGACGGAGGGGGCCCGGAGAAACAUACCCAAAGACAGAUUCCAGGUUUUGCACAAAAGAAUUCUACAGCAAGCGGGAUUCAUCCACUUUGGACAGCUUCAGUUUUUAGAAGCGAAAGAACAUUUUAGGAAAGGUCAGCUGGACGUGCGGGAGCUGAUCUCUCUGUACCCGCUGCUGCUGCCCGCCACCUCCUCCUUCACGCGUUGCCACCCGCCACUGCACCCCUUCGCCGACCUCAACCAGCUGACGCAGGGCGACCAGGACAGGGCCCAGCGCUGCAAACGCUUCCUCAUCAGCUACCUGCACGAGGUGCGCUCCUGCGAGGCGGGCAGCUGUGACGGCGAGGGCGGUGCCAAUGGCUUCCGGGAGGAGGUGGACACGGCGCUGCUGAAGCUGUACGCGGAGGCCGACCACGAGAGCCUGCUGGACCUGCUGGCCUCAGACAACGCCUGCCUGCUGGCCGACAGCGCCCCCUGGCUGGAGAAGCACCACAAAUAUUUUGCACUUGGACUUCUAUACCACUAUAAUGGGCAGGACGCCUCAGCUGUACAGAUGUGGGUGAAGGUGGUGGACGGUGUACUGCAGGACUCCACGCGGUCGGACCUGUUUGAGUAUGUGGUGGACUUCCUCAGCUUUUGCCCCAACCUGGAGCUGGUCUGGAAACACGCAGAGUGGGCCCUCAACAAGGACCAGGAGGUAGGAGUGCAGAUCUUCACCAAGAGGCCAGUAGGUGGCGCCCAAGGCAGCAGCAUCAGCACUAGCAACAGCACUGGCCGCCUGAACCCCGAGGACGUGGUCACGUACCUGCAGAAGCACAGCCGAGCCCUGCUCCUCUACCUGGAGCACCUGGUGCUGGAGCAGCAAGUACAGAAGGAGCGUUUCCAUACUCACCUGGCGCUGCUGUAUGUGGAGAGGGUGCUGGGGCUGCUAUCCCAGCCGGUCUGCCCAGAGGACGAGGCCCUCAGCCAGGCACGCAGCAAGCUCCAGAGGCUACUCAAGGAGUCCAGUCUGUACCGCGUCCAACUGAUUAUGGGUAAAGUGGAGGGCUUGGAGACGUUACUGGAGGAGCGCGCCAUCCUGCACGGGCGCCUGGGGGAGCACGAGCGGGCGCUGCACAUCCUGGUGCACCAGCUGCGGAACCGGCGGGCAGCCGAGGACUACUGCACCUGGGCCACCGCCGAACCCUCCACCUGCACUACCGACUCCAUCCACCAGGAUCCCUCGUCCUCGUCAGCGUCUCCACGCCUGUUCCACCUGCUUCUGGCUACCUACCUGGAUCCGGAGGUGCCGGGGGGCGUGGACAACAUGGCCGCCGUGGACCUCCUGAACCGCCAUGGCCACAUGUUCGACGCGGCCCAGGUGCUGGACGUGGUGCCCGAGGCCUGGUCCCUGCAGCUGCUCCGCCCAUUCCUGACCACCGCCGUCCGCAAGAGCGCCCACGACCAACGCACAGCACAGCUGGCACUAGGGCUGGCGCGCUCGGAGAACAUGCAACUACUGCACGACAGACUGAAGUUCCGCGGGGGGCCGGUGCUGGUGUCGGACAAGAAGGGCUGCCACCUGUGCCACAACACCUUCAGCGAGCCCGACUGCGUCUGCCUGCCCGGCGGCCGACCCGUCCACACACACUGUGCCACCCAGCGCCUGCUGCAGACCCAGCCGCAGAAACGACAGCAACAGCAGUCCAGAGACUCGCCAACCCAGAGACGCCUCGAGAAUGGCAGCAACCCCACAUGAGAACCACAAAAAAAAAACAAAUGCACACACACACACAAACUAAGAUAUGGCUGCCGCCGGGGUCAAGUGAACAACAGCACACCCCACAUGCAAGCUGCAAAAACACAGAAACUAUCAAAUCGAACAAGCAAAGCUUGCAAAGCUAACAAAGCUAGCAAACAGACAAACAAACAUGGCUGCUGCCAGAGUCACGUCACGUGUUGUGUUAUGUUAUGUUAUGUUGUGUUGCGUGUGUGAAUGAAUUUGAAAGAAAGAAAAAGGAAAAACCUGGAGUGGUGGGGGGAGAGGGUGGAAUGUGUAGUACAGUAUGGGCUGACUGGACAAUUGCGGUGUGGACUGCAGGCUGGAUGAAGUUUGAUGAUGGGGGUGGUGGGUGGAGGUUCCCCUCAUA